AUGGGCAAUGAGGAGCAAGGAGCACAGGAGCUCCAGGGUGUGGGAGAACAAAUGCAGGGAACAGCAGAGGAAGAGGGCGGUGGCACUGCAGGCAUUGAAGGAGGGGAGGGACUGAGGCUUAUAUUUGGCACACUUUACCCCGCAUAUUAUUCCUACAAAGCCGUGAAAUCAAAGGACAUCAAAGAAUAUGUCAAGUGGAUGAUGUACUGGAUCAUAUUCGCGCUCUUCACGACAGCAGAGACGUUCACGGAUAUCUUUCUUUGCUGGUUUCCAUUCUACUAUGAACUCAAAAUAGCUUUUGUAGCUUGGCUGCUGUCUCCAUACACAAAAGGCUCCAGCCUCCUGUACAGGAAAUUUGUUCAUCCAACUCUGUCUUCAAAAGAAAAGGAGAUCGAUGACUGCCUCAUCCAGGCGAAGGACCGGAGCUACGACGCCCUGGUGCACUUUGGCAAGCGGGGGCUGAACGUCGCGGCCACGGCAGCUGUCAUGGCAGCUUCCAAGGGACAGGGAGCCCUCUCUGAGAGGCUACGGAGCUUCAGCAUGCAGGACCUGUCGAGCAUCCGCGGGGACAGCGGCAGCACCGUCCCUGCCUCGGUCACUGUGCGGACAGGCAGCAAACAGAGCCACCCCAAACCAGCCAGGAGUGCAUCAGAAGGCACUGGCAGCUCAGUGUGCACGUGUUGCUCGGUGUGCCGGCUCCUCCGAGGUGAAUUAAGUGUGGACAUUAGGUAUGAGAAGCCACCUGAGACAAACUGUGAAACAAAAGGCUCAGUGUUCUCAGAUGAUGAAGAGAACGAUUGUGCAUCCACGAACAAAAGGCCCAAAAAGAAGGAUCCACCCCUUGAGGCACCGCCUAGGACUCUCAGACCUCGCUUCAGGAAGAAAAGUACCUCGUCCUCUGCCACUGAAACAAUGUGAGUGCAAUGAGCCAAUAGCACCAAGAUCCACAGAAUGUCUCUCUUCUGCCUUAAAGAGCUACUCAUUGAUAACCUAGGAAGCAGCAGUGGGAUGGAUGUGCUUUGAUGUGCAGCACUGCAGACAUGGCCUUUCUCCUCUCUCUCCACGUCCCUCUGUGGCACCUGCUGCUCUUUGUCCCUGCUGUGGGUAGGACAGGCUGGCAGGCACCUGCACCUGAGGGGUCCUGGUUGGGUUUGCAGAGUGUGCACCCACCCACAGUGUACAUUUCCCGUUUCAUUUGUGUCUGCAUAGCUCUUGCUCUGCGAAUGCCCAGAGGAAACAACAAUAAUCAGUUUCUCAUCAUGCUACAUUGACAGUGUAUUUAUUUAUGGCUUUAUCAUGGAUGAAGUGGAUUUGCAGAACCCAUGGAUUUCUCUUUCCUCCCUUCCUCCUCAAGACUGUGAAUGAUGUAACAAAUGUCAAAGUACUUUGACUGUACAAAAUGUCCAAGAUUUGUUAGAGAAAGCUGAGCUGCAACUGAGUUUUUCUGCAAGUAAAUCACAUGUUCUGAGAAAACCAUUGUGCUAAACCCACAGAGACAAGACCACUUACAGAGGAUGAGGAAGUGAUGUGCAAGAGAAAAAAAAUUGUUUCAAUGAUAUAAUGAAGGGGGAGUCCUAGUUUCAAUCAACCUGAGCCAGGAGAGUGUUUUGUGGAAAAUGAUGCGUAGAAGAACUAAAUCCCACCACUUGUGGCCCAUGUUCUACUGUGAGUUCUAAAGUGUGAGCAAGCCAGGCUUGAGCAAGCUGCAGCAGCAGAAAUUAGAAUGGCUUUAGUGAUGCAUUUCCAGGGGAAAACACAUCUUUCUCCCCUGCUACAACAGUGCCAGUCGCAGCCCUCUGCUCUGCUGCUGUUCUGCUGGCAUGAGCAGAGGAGGUGCUGGGUCUGAGCUGCUUUUUGAAGCCUGGAGUUUCUCCUCUAGCAUGGAGUUUGGUUAGAACCACAAGAACCAGAUGGAGUGGCUUAUUUGUAUCCAUAUAUAAAUGGGAAAUAUAAAAGAAGAGGAAGACAUGGUAGGGUUUGUGUAUUUGUGCUUCAAGUUGGUGUCUCUUGUAAGUGUUGAGCAUGUGAGAUUCACACAUCAGUUAAUUAUGUGACCCUUUGUGUUUGCUCUUGGACCUGUCACAUAGACUAGAAAAGGAUUUAGCAUUGUGUAGGAUGUGCCAUCACCAGGGGAUCAGCGCAGGGGCUCCUUGGUGUCACUGUUCAUCUGGCUCAGGUGCCAAAAGCCAGCUGGAGGGUGCCAGGCUCAGAGGUAACUCUGAAGUGGCCUUUGAAACCAUUUCUCUGCCAGGUGUGCAUCCAUAUCCCAGCUGCACAUCUGGUGGAUUCCUGAGGUCACCCCCACAGCUUCCUACACGUGUGGGGCAGAAAAAUAAAUUACACACACAGAGAAAUGUUUAUCUGACCUGGCUAGGAAAUGGAAAAUCAAGCAGGUGUUUCCUGUGUCUGCCACAGUAUUUGGCCUCAUUACCUGAGAAUUUUAUUUCCAUGUGCUGAUUCAGUCAUAUUUUGCAAAUUUUGAAAAAUUCUUCAGAAAGUAAA